ACAUACCCCAUUAGACCAAGCUGGUGCAUGCCAUUGAAGCUUCAUUCGAUCACAAAGCUAGCGACUAGUGAUCCCUGCCCAGCAAACAAGAGUAGUGCUCCUGCUUCCGAAAGAUCGGCCAUGGGAAGCAUCGGAACCGCCAACGGCAACGGGAUCGGGCACGGUGGUGCCGCGGUGGCGCGGCGGCAGCACGCCGAAGGUCCCGCGGCCAUGCUCGGCAUCGGCACGGCGAACCCGACCGGCGUCGAGGUGCCCCAGAACGUCUUCGCCGAGAACCUCUUCCGCGUCACCAAGAGCGACCACCUCACUGAGCUCCAGCAGAAGCUCACCAGAAUCUGCGAGAAGACGGGCAUCGACAAGCGCCACUUCCACCUGACGGAGGAGACGCUGGUGGCGCACCCGGAGCUGUACGACCAAGACGCGCCGUCGCUGGACAGCCGCCUCGCCAUGACCGUCGACGCCGUGCCGAAGCUGGCGCAGUGCGCGGCGGCCAAGGCCAUUGCCGAGUGGGGUCGCCCGGCGAGCGAGAUCACCCACCUCGUCUUCAGCACCUACUCCGCCUGGGGCGCCCCGAGCGCCGACCUGCGGCUCGCCACGCUGCUCGGCCUCCGCCCCACGGUCAACCGCACCAUCCUCAGCCUCCACGGCUGCUACGGCGGCGGCCGGGCGCUGGGCCUCGCCAGGGAGCUCGCCGAGAACAACCGCGGCGCGCGCGUCCUCGUGGCCUGCGCCGAGAUCACGCUCGUCUGCUUCGGCGGGCCCGACGGCGGCAACCUCGUCGGCCACGCCAUCUUCGGGGACGGCGCCGGCGCGGUCAUCGUCGGCGCCGGGCCCUUCCGCGACGGCGAGCAGAGCCCCAUCUUCGAGAUGGUCCACGCCACGCAGACCACGCUGCCCAAGACAGAGCACGUGCUCGGCAUGCAGGUCUCCGGCAGCGGCGUCGACUUCCACCUCGCCAUCCAGGUGCCCACGCUCAUCGGGCAGAACGUGGAGCGCUGCCUCCUCGACGCGUUCCGGGGAGGAGACGACGAGGACGACGACGGUGGUGCUCAUCUCCCAUCGCCGUUAUCUGGGAACGGGAAGUGGAACGAGCUCUUCUGGGCGGUGCACCCAGGUGGCCGUCAGAUCCUGGACAACAUAGACAAGGUGCUCCAGCUGGAGCCGGAGAAGCUGGGCGCCAGCCGGCACGUGCUCCGCGAGUACGGCAACAUGAGCGGCGCGACCAUCGUCUUCGUGCUCGACGAGCUGCGCCGGCGCCGGAGCCUGCUGCCGGAGUGGGGCGCCAUGCUGGCCUUCGGACCCGGAGUCACAAUUGAGACCAUGGUGCUCCGCUGUCCACGCUAGGUGCUCCGCUGUCAUCCUUCUCAAAAAAAGCCUACUUAAUUAUACCAUUAUACGUACGUACGUAUUUGUGUGUGCGCGUACGUGUGUCAAACUAAAUGGACACGUACGUCACUCAAAUCAAAUCAAGGCCGCAAACGGCCACGUCCCACUGAGCUUUCAGUCCAUGUCCCAUAAGACUAGCUAUAGCUAGUAAUUAUAUAUGUAGUACCUGCUGGGUGUAAUAUGAUUCACAAAAAGAAACUAGCUACUUGGAUGUAGUAAAUUGUAAA